AUGUUAGAUGAAAUUCAUAGACAAGAACGUGAAGAGAUGGAAAAGAAACUUCAAGCAAAAGAUGAAGUCAUUGAAGCAAAAGACAAAAGCCUUCAGAAAAGAAUACCACGUUCGGUACCAAAAGGAAAGGAAAAGAACUAUAAGUAUAUGAUUUAUACUGAAGAGAUGGAAAAUGAAGAAGACAGAGAUAUGGUUAUGUUGCAUUUAGUCAGAAGAAACAACAAAAGCUUUUACGACCUUGCUAAGAUUUACAAAUCUGACAGAAAUUGGUUCUAUCGCGAAAACUUACCGAUUUCAAUGACACCAAAUGAAGAUGUGAAACAAAUAGUUCAAGAUACGUUACCUCAAACACACUAUGAUAUUAAAGGUUGUACAAUACUUACAUUCAAAGAAGAUUUGCCAUUGUUAAAGGAAAAAAUAACAGAGUAUUUUGACAACUUCAAACAAGUAGAGUAG